CGUUUGCGAGGUCCAAAACCCUUAAAACCCUCCACUGCAGCUGCCAGCUGCUCAUCACUCCGAAAAUGGUCGCCGUGAAAAAAACCAAACCCCCAAUGGACGCCGCCGUCGACCUCAAAUCCGACGUCGCCGCCUUCGCCUCUUCCCUCGGCUUCUCGUCCUCCGCCCCCUCCUCCGGCUUCAACGACGCCGAUUUCCGCAAAACCGGCUCCUUCAAACCCGCCUCCCAAUCCCCAACCCAAAAACCACCACCCGCAGCCAAAAACCCUAAAUCAAACCCCAAGCAAUAUCCUAAACCAGCUCAAAACCAGAAGGGCGAUUUCAAGAGCGGUAAUUCGCAGGAAAAGCGUGUCGAUGGUAAGUUCGGCAAUCAUAAACCGAGCACCAAACAGUAUCCUAAACCAGCUCAAAACCAGAAGCGCGAUUUCAGGAGCAGUAAUUUGCCGGAAGAGAAUGACUACAGUAAGUUUAAGAAUCUCCCGAAGCUUCCGUUGGUGAAAUCGAGCUCGUCGGGAGUCUGGCACAGCGACGCAGCUGAGCUGGAGGAGAAACUGAUUGGGAAUGAUAAGAAAAUCGAGUUCAAGGAUGCGGAGGAGUGGAACGGUUUGGUGGAGAAGAAGAAGGAGCUAGGGGAGCGGUUAUUGGCUCAGUACGCGCAGGAGUAUUUGUCGUCGCGUGGGCAACAUGGGGAUAUUAAGAUGCUUUUCGCCACUCAGAGGUCAGGGACGGCUGCGGAUAAGGUCUCGGCGCUGUCUGUUUUGAUUGGGGAUAAUGCAGUUGCUAACCUUAGAGCCAUUGACACGCUUUUGGGAAUGGUGACUUCAAAAGUUGGGAAACGACAUGCAUUCACAGCCUUUGAAGCACUGAAAGAAAUGUUUCUUAUUCUUCUACCGGAUCGAAAGCUGAAAACUCUUUCUCAGAGGCCUCUAAAUCACCUAUCUGAUACCAAAGAUGGUUACUCUCUAUUACUUUUUUGGUAUUGGGAGCAAUGCUUGAAGGAGAGGUAUGAACAAUUUGUUUCUGCUCUUCAGGAAGCUUCCCUGGAUGUAAUAGUUAGGCUUAAAAGCAUGGCAUUAAAGAUCAUAUAUACGUUGCUGAAGACAAAAUCAGAACAAGAGCGCAAGUUGCUAUCAGCACUGGUGAAUAAGCUUGGAGAUCCUGAAAACAAAGUUGCGUCAAAUGCUGAUUAUCACUUGGCAAAUCUUUUAUCUGAGCAUCCAAAUAUGAAGGCAGUGGUAAUAGAUGAAGUGGACAAUUUCCUUUUUCGACCUCGUCUUGGAUUGCGCUCCAAGUAUCAUGCUGUAAACUUCUUGACUCAAAUUCGUUUGAGUCACAAAGGAGAUGGACCUAAAGCAGCAAAACGGUUGAUUGAUAUAUAUUUCGCCCUUUUCAAGGUUUUGAUUUCAGAGGCGUCAGCAGCACAAUCAGUAGAAACGAAUGACAAAAAAGCUUCAGGUCCUUCAAAAGAGGGUAAAACGAAAGCCUCAUCGGAGUCGCAUAUUGAAAUGGAUUCACGGUUAUUAUCAGCUCUUUUAACUGGUGUUAAUCGAGCUUUCCCGUUUGUUUCUAGUGAUGAAGCUGAUGAUGUCAUAGAGGUCCAGACGCCACUGUUGUUCCAGCUGGUUCAUUCUAAGAAUUUCAAUGUGGGUGUCCAAGCCCUGAUGCUUCUUGACAAAAUCUCAUCCAAAAAUCAAAUUGUCAGUGACCGGUUUUAUCGUGCCUUAUACUCAAAAUUGCUGCUCCCAGCUGCGAUGAAUUCUUCCAAGGAAGAAAUGUUUAUUGCACUUCUAUUGAGGGCAAUGAAGAACGACAUUAAUAUAAAGCGUGUAUCUGCAUUCGCAAAGCGUCUGUUGCAGGUUGCCUUACAGCUGCCGCCUCAGUAUGCCUGUGGAUGUCUUUUUCUGCUUUCUGAAGUCCUUAAAGCCCGUCCCCCUCUUUGGAAUAUGGUGCUUCAAAACGAGGUCGUUGAUGCUGAUGAUGAUCUUGAGCAUUUCGAAGAUAUUACUGAAAAUGACGGCGAUCAGGCAAUUCCUGCAUUGGAUAACAGUGACAAGAAGGGCGGAGUAGCUGAAUCCAGUCAUGCAUCUGACGAUGAUAGUGAGGAAUCACUUCUCGAAGGUGGUUCUGUGACCUCAGAUUCCGAGGAGGAUAACGAAGCAGACGAUUUAUUUGGGAAAGGUGGUUUCAAAAAAGCUGUGAAGUCGAAGUCGAAGUCAAAUUCGACUGGUGACCUCGAAGUGUGCAGUCAUCAAGGCCCGACGCUGCCACCUGGAGGUUACAAUCCACGCCACAGAGAACCUGCUUACUGCAAUGCAGAUCGGGCCGCCUGGCGAGAGCUGACGGUAUUUGCUUCACACGUUCACCCUUCCGUCGCUGCAAUGGCCAAAACCCUUCUCUCCGGAGUGAACAUCGUGUACAAUGGUAAUCCUAUCAGUGACCUCUCUCUUGGUGCAUUUCUCGACAAGUUCAUGGAGAAGAAGCCGAAGCAGAACACGUGGCACGGUGCCUCCGACAUUGAACCUGCCAAGAAGAUUGACAUGAACCGUCAGCUGAUAGGACCGGAGAUCCUAUCGUUGGCCGAGGCUGACGUGCCACCCGAGGACGUAGUUUUCCACAAGUUCUACAUGAACAAAAAGGACUCCUCUAAGAAGCUCAAGAAGAUGAAGAAGAAGAAGAAGACGGCCGAGGACGAGGCCGCUGAAGAGAUCUACGCUAUUGCCGGGGACGAGGAUGAGAGCGACAACGAAGAGAUCGAAAAUGUCUUGGACUCCGCCAACCCUUCAGAAGCAGACAGUGAUCACGAUUAUGACAAUCUCGACAAUGAAGACGAUGCUGACCUGAUAGCCGAGGCGAGCGACGAAGAAAUCGGCAUCCCUUCAGAUGAAGAAGGGUCCAACUCCGACAUAGGUUUAGACGAGGACAGCGAUGAUGAUAUCGCGGAAGGACAAGCAGACGAUGGAAGCGACUUUGAUGGAGAUGAAGUCGAAGCCGGGUUUGCCGACGACAGCGACGGUGGAAGCGACGAGCUCGAUGAAAGCUUUGAACAAGGGAAGAAAUUGAAGAUGAAGACGAAGACGAAGAAGCGAAAAUCGAGUAAAGUUUCUGGAGCUUCGCCGUUUGCCAGCCUUGAUGAUUAUGAACAUUUAAUGGAGGAGGAAAGUCUUGAACCGAACGCACCCACAGAGAAGAAGAAACGCAAGUCGAAGAAGGACAAAAAGAAGAGGAAACUAUCUUAGUAGCUUUGCUUGUGCAGGUUAUACAGAACUCCGGCGAUUUUCCAACGCCAGUGCGGCGGCGCAUCAGAAGCAGAAGCUUCUUCAGCCAAUUUCAGCGAUGGUUGGUCAUAAAAAUUUUGCGAUAUUUUUUGUCCUUUGCAAAUGUGCUCUUAGGGGAAUUUUGUUUGUCACUUUCAAUUUGAAACUUUUACUUUCAAUGUGUAUUUUGAAUCAUAUUAUUGAAAGAGUAUAUGAAAGUAGCUAUUUUCUUUUAGUAAA